UUCUUCUUAUUCUUAUUCUUAUUUUUAUUCUUAUUCUUAUUAUUAUUCUUAUUCUUGUUAGUCUUCUUAGUCCUCUUAUACUUUUAUUUCAUCAUAUUCUCUUAUUCUUUUACUAUUUGCAUCCUCUUGCCAAGUGAAAUAUCGUGCGUGAGAAAAUCUCGAAGACAUGCUGUCGCUCAGCCUGACGACUUCCUUACUUAUCGCUGUCACCGUGCUAGCUCUCAUUCUUAUCCUGAUCGAUCAUCUUCGAUCGGAAAAGGCUAGGAAAAGCGAGAAAAUUCUUUACUCGGAAGGAUCUUUUCUACCAGAAGCACCUGGUCCAAAACCUUGGCCAAUUUUGGGAUCCCUUCAUAUACUUGGACGUUACGAUGUGCCUUACAAAGCCUUCGCUGAUCUCGUCAAGGUCUACGACAGCCAAGUGAUCAAGCUCAAGAUGGGAUCGGUACCUUGCGUUGUCGUCAAUGGACUCGAAAAUAUUAAAGAAGUACUCUUCACCAAGGGACCACAUUUUGACUCCAGGCCAAACUUUGUUCGUUAUCAUCUACUAUUCUGUGGGAACAAGGAGAAUUCUCUUGCCUUCUGCAACUGGUCCGAGUUACAAAAGACUCGUCGAGAGAUGCUGAGAGCUCACACGUUCCCGCGUUCCUUUACGAUGCGUUACAACCAAUUGAACGACAUAAUAGGUGCCGAGUUGGAAAUCAUGAUGGAUCAUCUAACUUCAUUCUCGGGAACAAGCAUUCAUGCCAAACCAUUAAUUCUUCACACCUGUGCUAGCGUCUUCGUGAAAUAUUUCUGCUCAAAGAGUUUCACGUUCGAUUAUAAACCAUUUCGUAGGAUGGUCGAAAAUUUUGAUAAAGUAUUCUUCGAGGUUAAUCAAGGUUAUGCCGCUGAUUUCAUGCCUUUUCUAAUGCCUCUUCACCAACGAAAUAUGACUAGAAUGGCCAAUUGGAGUCACGAAAUUCGUCAUUUCGUCGACGAAGAUAUUAUUGGAGAACGAUUGGACAAAUGGACGUCUCUAAUAUCCGAAGAAGAUUAUGUCGAUUGUCUGAUAAAUCACGUUAAGACAGAUACCGAGCCAACUAUGACUUGGGACGUGGCCAUGUUUGCAUUGGAGGAUAUAAUAGGUGGUCACUCGGCCGUUGGCAAUCUUCUCGUGAAAAUUUUAGGAUUUUUGGCGACUCGACAGCACAUUCAACAAAUAGCACAAAAAGAGAUCGAUUCGGUUGGCAUAGAGGAGAAAUUUGUUGGCUUAGGAAACAGAUGUUUGAUGCCUUAUACCGAAGCUAUCAUCUUGGAAGCAAUAAGAUUGAUCGCAAGUCCGAUCGUACCACACGUGGCCAAUCAGGAGAGUUCCAUAGCAGGUUAUAGAAUCGAAAAGGACACGUUUAUUUUCUUAAACAAUUACGAAUUAAAUAUGUCCGAUGAACUUUGGAUCUCGCCGAAAGAAUUCAUGCCGGAAAGGUUCCUUCGCGAUGGAAGACUUCACAAACCAGAACACUUUUUGCCAUUCGGAGGUGGACGGAGAUCGUGCAUGGGUUAUAAGAUGGUUCAGUAUAUAAGCUUUGCGACGAUUGCUUCGUUAUUGAAAAACUUUACGAUAUUGCCGGUAGAUAAGGAAAGUUAUAAAGUACCAAUUGGUACUUUGGCACUGCCAGAAAAGACCUUUAAUUUUCGAUUCGUUGAAAGACGGUAGAAAACUAACACAAAAAUGUAAUAUUCUAUCUAGACUUUCAUCGGAAUCCUUUAUUUUAAUUAGUCUUUGAUAGAAACGAGCUUUACAAUCUCUCUCGUAAAGAAAGAAUAAAAUAUAAUUCGAAAGAGAGAAAGAGAAAGAGAGAGAGAGAGAGAAAGAGAGAGAGAGAGAGAGAGAAAGAGUUGCCAAAGAAGAUUCUCCUCUGACGUAAAAUAUCGAAAGGAGGAUCCAAUGAAAUUCCUUUAACGAUCGAGAGAAGAAUCUUCCUAUCGACGAAGCUUUAUUGAUACUAAGACUAUUACAGAUUCAAAAGAAAAAAAGAAAGAAAGAAAAAAUAAUAAAAAAAAAAAAAACAAAACAAAAAACAGAAAAC